UGGCCUCAUUGCAUUGCAGUACUUGGGUCACCAAGCAUUUUUACUGGGUCAGACAACUUGGUUAUUUGGCUACUUCUAAAAUAUCUAAACAGUUUAAUAUACAGGGCAUGCACAGCAAAAAUAUUCAAAAUUUGAAACAAAUGCAAUAAUGAUAAAUCUAUGGGGUUGUUUGUUUAUAGCGUGUCUGCAGAUGGAUGAGUUGGAUGAGACUCAGCUGAGAAAAGAGGUGGACAGUCGCAAAAUGCAGCUGCAGAUUACGAGAGAGAAAUGCUCCGUAACUAUCCCAGAUUUGGUUAAAUGGAUUGAAGAGAAACUGGCAGAGGACCCGUUCCUGAACGCAGAGCUGAUGAAGGACAACCCAUGGGUGGAGUCAGGGAAAUGUGUUAUGCUAUAGAAACAGCCCAGACACCCGUCACUGUGACUACGGCAUUCUUUGUAAUAACUGGAUAAAGGGCAACGCAGUUUUGACCAGCAUGGUCAGUGCGGUCUGAAUUUGGGUCUGAUUUGCACAAUAUUUUAUCAAAUUUUGAAAUCUAGAUGUCAUGGAGUCAUUUUGUCUUUUAUGUGAAUCAUGUAG